AUUACUCCAAAGGCUUCGGUGGCCGCUACGGCGUGGAGAGGGACAAGGUGGACAAAGCGGCGGUGGGGUUCGACUACAAGAGCCAGACGGAGAAGCACGACUCUCAGAAAGAUUAUUCCGUGGGCUUUGGUGGGAAGUUUGGGGUCCAGAGGGACCGUCAGGACAAGGCUGCCUUUGGCUGGGACCAUCAGGAGGAGGUGCAGCCCCAUGCAUCCCAAACAGACUAUGCCAAGGGGUUUGGAGGCCGUUACGGGGUCCAGCAGGACAGAGUCGACAAG